UGCGCGAGCGGAAGUGAGAUCAGAGAGGCCGCGGUAAGAUCUCGCGAGGGCCGUCGAGAUCUCUCUCUUUCUGCUGCAGCCGCCGACAUGCCUUCCCGCAUGAGAAAGACCCGGAAGCUGCGUGGCCACGUCAGCCAUGGCCACGGCCGCAUCGGUAAACACAGGAAGCACCCUGGUGGACGCGGUAACGCCGGUGGCAUGCAUCACCACAGAAUCAACUUCGAUAAAUACCACCCUGGUUACUUUGGCAAAGUCGGUAUGAGACGUUACCAUCUCAAGAAGAAUCAGCUCUUCUGCCCAACUAUCAACCUGGACAAGCUGUGGACCCUCGUUAGCGAGCAGACAAGGCUGAAUCACGCCAAGAACCCCGCGGGACCGGCCCCCGUCAUCGAUGCCGUUCACGCUGGUUACUACAAGGUGCUCGGAAAGGGCAAACUCCCCAAGCAGCCGCUCAUCGUGAAGGCCAAGUUCUUCAGCCGGAAAGCCGAGGAGAAAAUCAAGGGUGUUGGUGGCGCUUGUGUUCUGGUCGCUUAAAUAUUCCGACUGCGAUUAAACGUUUCUUCUUUACA